GCAGCUGGAUCAGAUCUGCAUUUCUUUUGACGAAGGCAAGACCACAAUGAACUUCAUUGAGGCAGCGUUGUUGAUCCAGGGCUCUGCCUGCGUCUACAGUAAGAAGGUGGAAUACCUCUACUCACUCGUCUACCAGGCCCUUGAUUUCAUCUCUGGAAAGAGGCGGGCCAAGCAGCUCUCUUCGGUGCAGGAGGACAGGGCCAAUGGGGAUGCCAGCUCUGGGGCCCCCCAGGAGGCAGAGAAUGAGUUCCUGUCGCUGGAUGACUUCCCUGACUCCCGGACUAACGUGGAUCUCAAGAACGAUCAGGCGCCCGGCGAGGUCCUCAUCAUCCCCCUCCUGCCCAUGGCCCUGGUGGCCCCUGAUGAAGUGGAGAAGAACAACAAUCCCCUGUACAGCCGUCAGGGUGAGGUCCUGGCCAGCCGGAAGGAUUUCAGGAUGAACACGUGCGUUCCCCACCCCAGAGGGGCUUUCAUGUUGGAGCCAGAGGGCAUGUCCCCCGUGGAGCCAGCAGGCGCUUCCAUGCCAAGGACCCAGAAGGAUGCCGGGAGGACUGAGGAGCAACCAAUGGAAGUGUCCGUGUGCAGGAGCCCUGUCCCAGCACCUGGCUUCUCCCAGGACCCAGGCACCUCUCCAGAAGGCCCGACGCCCCUGGGCGGGGGUGAGGACGAGGAUGCAGAGGAGGCAGUAGACCUUCCUGAGGCCUCGGCCCCCAAGGCCACUCUGGAGCCCGAAGAGCCCAGGAGCCCGCAGCAGAGUGCUGCCCUGCCCAGGAGGUACAUGCUGCGGGAGCGAGAGGGGGCCCCAGAGCCUGCAUCCUGCGUGAAGGAGACUCCAGAGCCCUGGCAGAGCCUGGACCCCUUUGACUCCCUGGAGUCUAAGCCCUUCAAGAAAGGUAGGCCUUACUCUGUGCCCCCCUGUGUGGAGGAGGCUCCGGGACAGAAGCGCAAGAGGAAGGGUGCUGCCAAGCUGCAGGACUUCCACCAGUGGUACCUGGCUGCCUAUGCUGACCAUGCUGACAGCCGGAGGCCUCGGCGAAAGGGUCCGUCCUUUGCAGACAUGGAGGUCCUGUACUGGACACACGUGAAGGAGCAGUUGGAAACUCUCCGGAAGCUGCAGAGGAGGGAGGUGGCUGAGCAGUGGCUGCCGAGGGCCGAGGAGGGGCUGUGGUCUGCAGAGGAGGACCACCUGGAGGAUUCUCUGGAAGACCUGGGGGCAGCAGCAGAUGACUUUCUAGAACCUGAGGAGUAUGUGGAGCCUGAGGGAGCAGACCCCAGGGAAGCUGCUGACCUUGACACAGUGCCGGUGUCCCUGAGCUACGAGGAGCUGGUUCGAAGGAAUGUGGAGCUCUUCAUCGCCACCUCCCAGAAGUUUGUCCAGGAGACAGAGCUGAGCCAGCGCAUCAGGGACUGGGAGGACACAGUGCAGCCUCUGCUCCAGGAGCAGGAGCAGCACGUACCCUUUGACAUCCACACCUAUGGGGACCAGGUGGUCUCGCGGUUCCCCCAGCUCAAUGAGUGGUGUCCCUUUGCGGAGCUGGUGGCUGGCCAGCCAGCCUUCGAGGUGUGUCGUUCCAUGCUGGCCUCCCUGCAGCUGGCCAAUGACUACACAGUGGAGAUCACCCAGCAGCCUGGGCUGGAGACGGCCGUGGACACCAUGUCCCUGAGACUGCUCACACACCAGCGAGCCCACAAGCGCUUCCAGACCUACACUGCCCCCUCCAUGGCCCAGCCCUGAGUGGGGAGCACCAAGGCAGGGGUGGGGGAUGUGUACUGAGGAGCCGUGCAUCUGCUCCUGCCUGGCCCGGCCUAAUAAAGCAGUGUUGCCAUCUCA